UAUAUAUUUGAAUAAUCAUGUUUUUAUUCCUUAUUUUGCGAUGUACUUAUGUAGUUUCAUUGUUCUCUCACAAUCGGCCGCCUGGGGCCCUAUAUAUCUUGUAUCCGUGUGAUAGAUUAGUGGGUUAUGAAAACAUUGGAUAGUCCAGCUGUAAAGAAUGAAAGUUCCAUCUAUUUUACAGGACUUUUGUCACCAGUCUGUUUACGAUGUGAUACUUUUAAUGUAUGGACCACUAGAUCGCAACUAUAUGCUCUUUCGGAUUCUAACUCAAAAAGAUCAGAGUGUCCUCGGUUCGAUCUUGUAUGUAAUCAUGGAAUUAUACUGUUGGCAAAUUCAAAACGAGGAUGAAACAGUUCAUUUUUGCUUUAAUUUAGUAUAGAGAAGUUACUUUAUAUAAAAACAAUACAUGUCAUAAACUCAUGAGUAUGGAGUUUUGGUGUUGUUUCCUGUACAGAUUAUAAUUACUUCUUGAAUAGUUUAAUUUUUCGAAUAACUAUUUGUUUAGAUCGUUUUAGCAUCAACUUUUGUGGAAGGAUUCAACUCAUUGCUUACUGAUACUAGGACUGAAUAUCCUCCUUGCUUAAGCCUAGUAAAUGAUAAAGGUACUCAAAAGAAUAAUCAAUGUGCAAAUCUUAAUUCUAUUGAACGAUUUAAUCUGUAUCCUGAAUUGUUGCUAGCUGGUGCUUACAGAUUCUUACACACAUUUGAUUUGAUCAGACAUUACUGUUUUCAAGUUAAAAGAGAUCCACCGACUAAUCCAAUCGCGAUCGCUAUAAAUCCAAAUAUAAUGGCAAAUUUAUCACAACUUAGAAAGCUAGAUGUAAUACCAUCGAAUCAAUUGAAGAUCAACAGUAACUCGAUCAUAAGUUGUGAUGGAUCUGGCGAACCGCCAUAUUUCUAUGUAAAUUCAGUAUUUAUUUUGUCAGGUCUGGUACUCUUCGGUUUAACUUACUCUGGUUGGUUUGUUGCUAAGAUUGGGAGUUCAAAUCAAUCUAAAAUGGAUUAUAUACUACAACUUAUUGGCGGAUUUCUUCCAAUUUUAGCAUAUUUCUCUAAUCAUAGAGAAGCUACACGUGUUCAAUGGACUCCACCAUUGAGAGAAAGCUUUGCUUAUCCAUUCUUUAUAAUUCAACAGUCUUUUUUAUUAGGUUAUUUUGGAUCAAAUCAAAUGUUACGAUCAUAUCGAGGGAAAAGUUUCAUUUGUUUACCAAUAUACUGUAUACUGCUAUUGAGUUGUCAAAUUUCAUGGCAAUUUUCCCAAUUCGCUUUACUUACUCAAAUUAUAUCGAUUAUUUGUGCCUUUUGUUUAUCACUAUCAUCAAAUACCCCUUAUUCUCUUAGUUCAAACCAACAAAAAUCAGUUAUUCUAAGCCUUUUAUUCAAAAUAAAACAGAUCAUAUGGAUUCAUUUAAUUGUAUUCAAUUUAUCAUUUAUAUUACAAUUUGGCAAUCGUUUACUUCUACAGUCUGGUUAUAUGUUUAUUCUACUAAGUAGUUUAUUAAGUGUAUAUAUACUUCAACAACUAUUAAAUACCUAUAAUCCAAUGACAAUUAAAAAGAAAGAAGUAUCUACUCGAUCAUCAAUGAUGAAUAUUACAUUUAUACGUUUUCUAUGCUUACCAUUAUUGGUUGUCUGUCUAUGUACGAUCGGAUUAAGUUUACUAUUCUCAGUUUUCUCAAAUUAUGCUUUCAAUAAUAAUCAUGAUUUAAACAGAAGUAAUGAUAAUAACCACAGUGAUGGGGGCCAUAUAUGGGAUUUAUUAAAACAUAAAUUAACCAUAUUAUUUGGUAUUACAACCUAUAAAACAUUUCAUACAAUGUUGUAUAUAUGUGCACCAGAGUUUGAUUUUAUCAAUUGGGCCACUUUAAAACAACCUCUUGAAACUGGUCUUAUAUACGGUUCCAUUCUAGUCUGCUUCAUCGUUUCUUUCAAAUUAUUCAGGAACUUGUUCAGUUCUCAUCGUCACCAUCAUCUUUCAGUAACUGUAAAUAACCAGUUGUUUAACAGUGAUAAUUUGUCAAGCUGUGAAUAUUCAUCUCAAAUAUUGCGAGAUUUUAUUUCACUAUUUGUUAUCAUUCAGUUGGCGAUUUUUACGAUUAUGGCUAUGUUAAUUAUGAGACUCAAACUGUUCUGGACACCUCAAAUGUGUUUAUCACUCGCUAUAUUAGCUCAACCUACACGAUGGUUUGAAAUGUUUCAUGCAUUGAAAAGCAUUGGUGGCCGUAUAUUUCGUACAUCAUCAUGGAAUGGCGCCUGUGAACCUGAAAAAAAGACAAAACGUCUAUUUUGGUUUCAUCAUGUUAUUUAUACAACAAUACUAGUAUUGUUCAUAGCGUUUAUGGCUGGACGUGGAUUGGAGAAUUUAAAAUCUGAAUGGAGUAUACAAGGUUCAUUCAGUGCGUAUGAAAGUGAAAUAUUAAUUAAUUGGUUUCGAAGUUUACCGCAAAAACGUGAAGAUUCUACCUUAUCGUCAUCAUCCUUAUCAUGGAUUAUAUCUGGACCAAUGUCUUUGUUAGGCAAUCUACGUUUAACAUUACCAGCCUCUGCUCCUUAUCCAUCUACUCAAAUUGUUUCAUUGAAUGAAUCUGGAUUUGCUUUUACAAAUCAUCCACAUUAUGAGAAUACAAUACUUCGUUAUAGAACUAUUUUAGCUUAUGGGAUUUAUAGUCGUAAACCUGUUCAUGAUGUAUGGCAUACAUAUCGUCAUAUUUUAAAAGCUGAUUUUGUAAUAGUAGAAACUCAUACAUGUCCGUCUAGAGGUGGAUGCAGUAAACCGGAACUUUUUGAUCUACUCGAUACAAAUCUUGCUGGACGUCCAGCACUAUGUGAAUCACUAAUGAAUAUACAACUUUUAAAAGCUGGUAGAACUCCGAGUACUUUGGAGCCAUAUUUUACAGUUGUUUAUGUUGAACUGUACACAGGAAGAGUUGUACUAUAUGUGAAUAAAUUGACGUAAUAUAUAAUGGAAGGAAGUAGGCUGCUUACAACUUUAAAGAUUAUGUACAGUGUCGCCAUGAAUGUAUGUUACCCAGAUGCUCAAUCAUUUGUGAUUACAAUGUAAAUCUCUUUGUAAACACAAACUACUAAUCAUUUCAUUUUUAAAAUGUUAUUAAAUCUAAUAUUAUCAAAAGUUAUGCAUAGCAUUUAAAUAAACGUUAUUUGGUUGUUGUUUAAAAAAAUGUUGUGUAUUUUCCAUUUCUCUGUAAAAUAAGGUACUCAUGUCUUUGAAAUAAGUGAAUAAUUAAAAAAAAACGAGUUGAAAUAUAAACAAAAGAGAUUCAAAAGAAUUUUAAUUAAGAAAGUUCAGUCUG